AACUAAACAGAACGAAAUGGGGCUGGACCUAGCUGAAUGUGUCAAAUAGAAACGCAAGUUUUCGUUGCAAAACAAAACUGUUUGGACUAAUGAUUACACCCCGUAGUAAAUGUUCCCUCUCUCCCAAUUGCCAGCAUCUGUUGCUCAUUUCACAAUAGUCCCGCCCAUGCUGUGUUGUGCUGUGCCGGCGCUCCGGUCUAUUAGUCAAAUAGUUCUUCUGGUUUAGAUGACUGUCUACUGUCGCUACUCUCCUACUAUGCAGACAGAUAACUGUCACUAAAGAAGACUCGUCACAGACUGUGGUAAGAGAGUCCCCAGAGUAGUGUGCACCUCCUUGGACUCAUUUUACAGUCAACUCAGCCCUUGUCUCUUUCCUCGUUGCUCCCCUGAAAACCCGAACAUCCUCCUCAGGACAUCGGUGACUCCCCACAUUCCUCCUCCAUGGAGGGUAUAGGGCACACACACAGGCUGCUCAGGCUCAGGGCCACGAUGACGGGCAUGGGGCUCCAGAGGAGGCUAGGGCUGUGCUUCCUGUGUGUCAGCUUCCUGCCAGUCAUCUACAUCAUCUGUCUGAACCUUGAGCUCACCUGGCACAUGGACAACCUGAACCUGGCACAAUUCCCUGGCAUCUGGUACACACGGGAACCCAACAGGUUACAUGACCCUCUUGUUGGCAAUACGCUGUUAGAUAGUAGUGACGAGCAGCACACCAGGAGCACACCACCAACACCUUUAAGUUUAAAGGUGCAGUCCACAUCCCCUGCCAGAAUCAGACCGUCAACAGAACCUGGAGCCAGGACUACCAAGGGCUCUGAUCUUAAAGCUACUCUCCUUAAGUCCGCCAAACCAACAGAGCCACCCUUCAUUGGCGACAGCUACUACAGUGAAGAUGCCCCACCUCAAACAGACUGUCCAGACAGUAUUCGCAGCAGGGUGCCCCAGACAGACUUUGGGGUAAGGUAUCUGGGCAGGAUCCCUGUGCUCCAGUGGGCCAAGCAUGCCACUCCAGAACAGUACCAGCGCCUCAGACGGUACCCAGGGACUCAUGGCUGGGCAAACGUCGACUUUAACACUCUGGUGUCGACCCUGUCUGUUCUCAACACGUCAGCCAACUGGCACAUGUUUGAUGACUGGGAUCGUCGUAGCAACGGCUCACGGUGUGUCCGCUGUGCUGUCGUGGGCAACGGAGGGAUCCUGAAGGAUUCAAAGAAAGGCCGGGAUAUCGACCAGCAUGACUACGUAUUCAGGACCAACGGAGCUGUCAUUGAAGGCUUUGAGCAGGAUGUGGGCUCCAGAACAUCCCUCUACACGUUCUCCACCAACACACUCCGUAACUCCAUGAGGAGCUAUGCCGGAGUGGGCUACAGAGGACCACCGCUCUCUGAGGAGACACGCUAUGUCUUCCUGCCAGACCAUGACAGGGAUUAUCUGCUGAUGAAAGCAGCCGCCACACACACUCCAGUAGAAAGAGGACCAGAGAGGAGCAAAACACCUCCCACAUACUUUGGAGGAAAUGUGACUGUAGAAAAGUUGAAAAUGUACCAUCCUGAUUUCAUACGCUACAUCAGAAACAGGUUCCUCCGGGCCCAUGCCAUGCAGACCAAAUACAAGGACAUCUACCGUCCAUCAACAGGUGCUGUGAUGCUGCUGGCUGCGAUACACACCUGUGACCAGGUGAGCGCGUACGGCUUCAUGACUCCAGACUAUGUGAAAUACUCUGAUCACUACUUCGACCGCCAAUAUCAACCAGUGGGUUUCUUCAUCAACCAUGACAUGAGGAUGGAGAUGACUCUAUGGCAACAGCUCCACCAUGCAGGCCUCAUCACUCUCUACAUGCGCCAGUGAACUCAGGAAAUAACUCAAGGUUGCUAUGGCAACGGCCACCUCCUCUAGGAUAAAAAAAUAGUCAUAAACUGUAUAUUUAUAUAUAUUACUGAACAAAAAAAAUAUAAACCCAACAUGUUAAGUGUUGGUUUUAUGAGCUGAAAUAAAACAUCCCAGAAAUGUUC